CCCUCCGGUCUCGCAUCGCCUGCCACUGCUGCAGACCCGUCUCUCCUCCUACGCCCGUGGUAGUCGCUUGUCGCUGCCUUGCCCUGACUCUCUGGAUGCUCCUUGGCCGUGUCAUCUUCGCCGCCAGAGAAUCUCUCCGCAGCCCUGCCUCGUCCAUCGUCACCCUCCUUCAGCGCCCUUGCGCUACCUACAAUUCACCGUCAGCCUGCAUACGCCUACCUAAUCGCUUCUUCUCGGCACACGCUAUCGUUGGCGCCCGCCAGCACGCUCCUUUGCGCUCAGCCUUCCGCCGUUCUCAGACCGCACGAAUCAGCACAGCGACGGCUAUGGAACAGAAUGGCGACGCCCGAACCAAGCGAAAACAACCUCCCACCCCCUCCAGUGAACGGCCCAUGAAACAGAUGAAGGCAGAAGCGGACUAUCACAAGCGGAACGGCUCAGCCAUCGCUACUUCACAGGGUCCAGCCUCGACUCAGCCCAUGGAAGAAGAUUCGGACUUCGAAGAGAUGGAGAUGGCGCGCGUUGUCGGCACCGGACAAGACACCGCCGAGUGGCAGAAGACGAUUGAGAAGGUGGUCAAGAACGUCGUAUCCAUUCACUUCUGCGCAACCUGCUCUUUCGACACCGACCCGGCGCUUGCGAGCGAGGCCACGGGCUUCGUCGUAGAUGCGGAGAAGGGCUAUAUUCUUACAAACAGGCACGUCGUUGGCCCUGGGCCGUUCAUAGGCUACUGCAUAUUCGACAAUCACGAAGAGUGUGACGUAUACCCCGUAUACCGCGACCCUGUCCACGAUUUCGGUAUUCUGCGAUUCGACCCGAAAGCCAUCAAGUACAUGCCGGUUGAGUCAUUGGUGCUCAGGCCAGAUCUCGCCAAGGUUGGAGUUGAGAUUCGAGUCGUUGGUAAUGAUGCCGGGGAAAAGCUCAGUAUCUUGUCAGGUGUCAUUAGUCGACUCGAUCGCAAUGCGCCAGAGUACGGAGAGGGAUAUAGCGAUUUCAACACGAACUACAUCCAAGCAGCAGCCGCUGCCAGUGGUGGCAGCUCCGGAAGUCCCGUGGUUGAUAAAGACGGCUUCGCUGUUGCGCUCCAAGCUGGUGGUAGAGCAGACGGAGCAGCUACUGAUUACUUCCUACCAUUAGAUCGGCCCCUCCGGGCACUCAAUUGCGUCCGAAAUGGCCAAACUAUUACCCGAGGCACGAUCCAGGUCCAGUGGAUGCUCAAACCCUUCGACGAGUGCCGAAGACUUGGAUUAUCCCCAGACUGGGAGAAGGAGAUUCGACAGGCAUUUCCUAAGGAAACUGGAAUGCUUGUGGCCGAAGUCGUACUUCCAAAAGGACCUGCAGACAAAAAAGUUGAAGAGGGUGAUGUGCUGAUCAAGGUCAACGGGGAGCUCCUAACGCAGUUCGUGCGCCUGGAUUCUAUCUUGGACGACAGCGUUGACGGCAAGAUCUCAUUGCUGAUUCAGCGAGGUGGUGAGGACAUCCUCGUUGAAUUGGGAGUUGGAAACCUACACGAUAUUACGCCGGAUCGUUUUGUCUCUGCUGCAGGAGCCUCCUUCCACGACUUAUCCUAUCAGCAAGCUCGACUCUAUGCUAUCGCAACCCAGGAUGCUGGCGUCUACGUCUGCGAAUCGGCCGGAUCUUUCAGAUUUGAUGGCAGUGAUUCUGGAUGGCUCAUUCAAUCUAUUGAUAACAAAGAGACGCCCAAUCUAGAUACCUUCGUAGAUGUCAUGAAAGCUAUUCCAGAUCGAUCUCGAGUUGUCGUCGUGUACAAGCAUCUCCGAGAUCUGCACACCUCUAGCACAAACAUCAUCACUAUCGACCGUCACUGGCAUUCCAAGAUGAGACUCGCCAAACGUAACGACAAGACUGGCCUCUGGGAUUUCACGGUUAUUGCCGACGCUGUCCCGGCCGCGCCUCCAGUUCCACGCAAAGCCAACUUCAUCCGCAUGGAUAGCGCGAAGUACCCAGCCGCUGUCGAUAUCGUGAGGAGUUUUGUUCGGGUUUCUGCUUCAAUGCCUAUCAAGCUCGAUGGCUUUCCCAGAGCAAGGAAGAUUGGCUAUGGCUUGGUUGUGGAUGCUGACCAAGGCCUGGUCAUUGUUUCAAGAGCUCUCAUCCCCUACAAUCUCUGCGAUAUCAUGCUCACUAUCGCGGACUCGAUCAUUGUUGAUGCUAAAGUCGUCUUCAUGCACCCACUCCAAAACUACGCCAUCAUUAAGUAUGACACGUCCCUGGUCAAUGCGCCAGUCAAGACCCCCAAGUUUGCUACAAAUUUCAUCAAGCAAGGAGAGGAGACCGUAUUCUUUGGAUUCAACCAGAACCUUCGCCCUGUUGUGGCGAAGACUGUAGUAACCGACAUUACUACAGUUGCAAUUCCGGCCAGUGCUGCAACUCCGCGCUACCGGGCAAUUAAUCUGGAUGCAGUAACGGUUGACACGAACCUCGCCAGUCAGUGUGGGACCGGCGUAUUGAUCUCUGAAGAUGGCACCGUCCAAGCGCUCUGGCUCUCCUAUCUCGGCGAACGCAACUCUCACAGUGGGAAGGACAAUGAAUAUCAUCUAGGCCUCGCCACCCCUAUGGUCCUCCCUGUGCUCAAGGAGAUCCAAAACGGCAACACACCCACGCUACGUAUUCUGAACGUAGAGACACACACAGUACAAAUGAGCCAGGCUCGGAUCAUGGGAGUUUCUGAAGAAUGGAUUGAGAGAACCGAGAAAGACGAUCCAGAACGCCAUCAGCUCUUCAUGGUCCGAAAAGUCGACUCCGGCCACGAGCACGGCCUACAGGAGGGCGAUGUGAUCCUCACACUCAACAACAAACUCAUCACCCGCGUCUCAGACCUCGACAUCAUGUACGACAAUGACUUCCUCGAAGCCUUAGUCGUCCGCAAGCGCAAGGAACUCAGCAUCAAGGUCCCAACCGUCCCCACCGAAGACCUCGAAACCGACCGCGCCGUCAUGUUCUGCGGCGCUACCCUCCACCGCCCCCACCACGCCGUCCGCCAGCAGAUCAGCAAAGUCCACUCAGACGUCUACGUCUCGGCCCGCGCUCGUGGCUCCCCGGCAUACAUGUAUGGCCUCGCUCCUACUAACUUCAUCACGCACGUCAAUGGCGUGCCGACGCAGAACCUCGACGCGUUCUUGAAAGAGGUUAAGAAGAUUGGGGACAAUACGUACUUCAGGCUCAAGGUCAUGACGUUCGACAACGUGCCCUGGGUCGCGACGAUGAAGAAGAAUGAGCACUACUUCCCGACCAUGGAGUAUGUCAAGGACACUACUGACGAGCUGGGCUGGAGGAAGAUCAUGCACGAGUGCGACGAGGGGGGCGUGCGGGAGGUCAUG